UGCGCAGGAAGGACAUUUGCCCGGAAGCAGUUGUCGUGUUUACCCCACCAGCUUUGACUGUAGUCGGAACAAACUGAUUAAAUGUCUGAUUUGAGAGGGAAAUCCGUACAGCUGGGGCUCAAACCGGUCAACAUGCUGUCCACGCGCUCCCCUCUCUCAGUGAAGACUGACAACAGCUUAAAUGUGAAGAUGAGCGACAUGGCGCUGAACAAAGAGAACACGCCGCCCAGUCUAAACAGCAGCCGCGUGCUGGGGUCCAAAGCGGCGCGAAAGAUUUUUAAUGACGCGAAAAGCAGCAGAACAGAGGAGCCGCUCCUCCAGGAGAACCCCCGCCGCUUUGUCAUCUUCCCCAUCCAGUACCACGACAUCUGGCAGAUGUACAAGAAGGCCGAGGCCUCUUUCUGGACGGCAGAGGAGGUGGAUCUGUCCAAAGAUCUGCAGCACUGGGAGACUUUGAAGGAUGAUGAGCGCUUCUUCAUCUCUCAUGUGCUGGCCUUCUUUGCAGCCAGUGAUGGGAUAGUUAACGAGAACCUGGUGGAGCGGUUCACACAGGAAGUUCAGGUGACAGAGGCCAGGUGUUUCUAUGGUUUCCAAAUAGCGAUGGAGAACAUUCACUCUGAGAUGUACAGCCUCCUGAUUGACACUUACAUCAAAGAUCCAAAGGAGAGAGAAUACCUGUUUAACGCCAUCGAGACUCUUCCGUGCGUGAAGAAGAAGGCGGACUGGGCCCUCAACUGGAUCGGUAACAAGAGUGCUGCCUAUGGGGAGAGGGUGGUGGCCUUUGCAGCGGUGGAGGGGAUCUUCUUCUCUGGCUCCUUUGCUGCCAUCUUCUGGCUGAAGAAGAGGGGCCUGAUGCCCGGCCUGACCUUCAGUAAUGAGCUCAUCAGCAGAGACGAGGGACUCCACUGCGACUUUGCCUGCUUGAUGUUCAAACACCUGGUGAACAAGCCCUCUGCAGAAACGGUCACAAAGAUCAUCAGGAACGCUGUUGAGAUCGAGCAGGAGUUCCUGACCGAGGCUCUGCCCGUCAAGCUGAUCGGGAUGAACUGCGAGCUGAUGAAGCAGUACAUCGAGUUCGUAGCCGACAGGCUGCUGCUGGAGCUGGGCUUCCCCAAGGUCUACCGAGCAGAGAACCCUUUUGACUUCAUGGAGAACAUCUCUCUGGAAGGAAAGACCAACUUCUUUGAGAAGCGAGUGGGAGAGUACCAGAGGAUGGGGGUCAUGGCGGGCCCCACGGACAACACCUUCAGGCUGGACGCCGACUUCUGAGUCGCCUCAAAAUUUGGAAGUUUGGUCGGACUAUUAUGAUAUGCACUAAUCCUAAGUGCAUUUUUAGAGUUUUAAAAACCAGAGAAACAUGAGCUUUAAAAUGUCAGUUUUAUUCUUUUAACUUCUAUUUGUAAUAAAUGUUUAUCAUUUUUGUAGAGGUAUAAUUGUGUUUACUGGCUUUUUUUUUGUCGUGUUUAAGUCCUCUCAUGAAUAUCAUGUGAGUUGAGUUUCCCCCCCUUCUAAAAAAAAAAGAAAAAUUCUUGAACAAAGAGUUACAGGGUUAAUUGCUCGGUUUAUUAUUUGAAUGUACAGAGUUAGAAAAACGGAAUA